CUCCCGCGAACCCGAAACUUUUCUUUUCGCGAAACUCCACCUCGAGAAGUUGGCUCUUUUCUUCUCUCCCCCCCUUUCCCUCUUCUCUUCUUCCCCCGGGUUUCUUCUUUUCUUCUUUACCACGACAACCACUCCCCGGUCGGUCGUGUUCCAUUGUCUCCUGCAUUCCUUGCAGAGACAAUCCCUUUCUCUUCUCCACCCCCCCUCACUCGGGCUCCCCUGCCGCUCCGUUGGCAGCGACAAGUCAGCGAUGGCGGCCGUUACAGCACCCACUCCUAAGCUGGAUCGCUACAUCGUCAUCCACGUUGCAACCACUUGUGAUGAGCAUGGCGUCUAUGUCACCAAGGAUUCCGCCGAGGUGAUCGAAUUGGGAUGGAUUCUGUUGGACACUAAGACUUGCGAGGAGUUGCACCGAGAGAGUGUCCUUGUCAAGCCCGUUAACACACCCAUUACUCCGUUGUGCACGAGCUUGACCACCCUGACCUGGGAACACGUCCGCUCCGCAGGUACCUUCCGUGAUGCCAUCUCCCGAUUCGAUGCCUUCGCCCAGGAACACCUCACCAACAAGCACCUCGAGUUUGCCUUUGUGACCUUGGAUUCGUGGGAUCUGCGUGUGCAGCUGCCCCGCGAGGCCCGAGACAAGGCUGUGGUACUGCCCGCAUACCUGCAGCACUCUCGCACCUUCGAUCUGCGCACCGAAUAUCAACGCUGGCAAACCCACCACCCCGAGUCCUUGCCUUUUGGACCCAGCUCCCUCUCCAACAUCUGCGCUGCCCUCGAGGUCGAGCCCGUCCAGUCCUCCGCCCCCAUCAAGCACAACCUCCCAUUCCAUUUGCAAGCAUUGGCCCCCGCCUCGCCACGCCGUGCCAUGGAGGAGUCCAUCACGUUGGCCCGUGUGCUGCGCGGCCUGAUCCGCAAGUCGCAGCCGCCCCAUGAGCACCCCGAGAUUCUCACUCGGCCCAUGGAUGCACACGCCGAUGUUCGGGCUUUCCUGGCCGAACGGAGCAAGGUUCUUCACCUGAGCGGUCUGCCCCACGAUACCACUCAGUCUGAAUUGGAGAGCUGGUUCACUCAGUUUGGCGGCCGGCCCAUCGCCUUCUGGACACUGCGAACUCCGGACCAGCACAAGCCCACCGGCACUGGAUUCGCCGUCUUUUCUUCCCAUGAGGAGGCUGCCGAGAGUUUGUGCAUGAAUGGCCGUGCGCUUAACGAGAAGGCAAUUGAGGUUUCCCCAUCCUCGAGCCGAGUUCUGGACCGGGCCGCAGAGAUCCUGACACCGUUCCCCCCAUCCAAGAACCGCCCCCGUCCGGGCGACUGGACUUGCCCGUCAUGUGGCUUCUCCAACUUCCAGCGCCGAACCGCAUGCUUCCGUUGCUCAUUCCCCGCCAUGGCUGCUGCACCGGACCCAAUGGGCUACGGGUACGGCCACGGCGGCUACGGGCCCCCGUCCAUGAUGCCUCCUCACAUGAGUGGCCAUGGUCACGGCAUGGGCCACUCGCGUGGCAUGGGUGGAAAUGGUGGUGUCGUCCCCUUCCGUGCUGGUGACUGGAAGUGCGGAUCAGAGGGUUGCGGCUACCACAACUUCGCGAAGAACAUCAACUGUCUUCGCUGCGGUGCUCCUCGAUCGGGCGCUGCGGUUGUGGCUGACUCCGCAUUCCCCUCGCCCAUGGACCCCCCCCUCACAAUUCGGGAUGGGUCCUAA